UGUCCCCCACUACUGGGCUGAUUGUUUGGUGGGAAUUGAUCCAUUACUUGCCUUGGCUUAUUUCAAAUUGAUCACAUUUUCUCAUUAUUUGGCUCAAAAUUUUUCAUCUCCAGCACAACUUAGUGACACCAUGGAAGACAAACCACCGCAACCUCCUGUUCGAUUGACCUCUCAACAAAAUAACCAUUCGAAGCUGUGUAAUAGCCGAGAAUGCCAUUUUGUAAAUCAUAGUAACCCUGCCUCUCCUCACCAUUAUCCUCUUAAUUACCAAACGGUCAACUAUGCUCACCAACAAUCACUUUACCAUACGCCAUUACAUCAACCAUACAAUUCAAAUAGUUCAGUUCCUGUUGAUCUCCGUCCCUUACCAAAGGAACCUGAAAAAGGAAACUCUGUUGCCUCUAAAGUAAUUAAGAAAGGAUUAAAAGUUCCACCAAGCAAAUCUCAUAAAAAUGACAAGAAAGAUCGUAAUGUAAAUUUUGGAGUUCAUGGCUCAAGCAAUCACAAUCAAUCUUCUUCAUUUGUUCAUAAACCAUUUAUUUCAUCACCAACCAAUUUCGAGCACACUAUUCAUGUUAGGUUUGAUGCCCACACAGGUGAAUUCACCGGGAUGCCAGAAUCUUGAAAUAAAAUGCUUCAACACUCUAAUAUAAGUAAAAUAGAGCAGAAAAAUAAUCCUCAAGCUGUUCUCGAUGUUCUCAAUUGGUAUGAUUCGAGUAACCGUGAAACAAUUGGAAAUUUACCUAAAUACAUGACAAUUAAUCGAUCAUUAGGUUGGUAUUGAAAAUGAGCUUUAAUUUAUUCUACUGAUGAUUUCAUACUAUACAUGUUAUAAACCAA